AUGGACCUUCGAAUAGGAAUUUUGACGAAGGUCGCAAGGUCAUUCCGCCAUCUCAGCGACAUCCUCAGCGAAUGGAAAGCGAUUAAGAGUUGUUACGAACAAUUUCAAAACGGCGGCAGAGUGAUUACCGCAUGGCCACCGCUGAUCGAAAAAGAUGAGACGAUCUGGAAGAACGUGGUGGAGAUGUGGACCGUUCUCGAUGAAACGCUGGCGAACAAAGGCGGACCAAAGCAAUGCAUUACUACGGCGAACUCGAAGAUCAAGGCCGGCAAGGUUUUCUGUGAAAAAGGGACGCCCGAAGACUGUGUUUAUUUUUACAGUGCUGCUAGUGUUGUGGCUAAUGCCAAAUUGUUGUAUAAUUGUAUUCGUAAGAGGGUCGCGAAGGAGGUCCAGCUACCCGAGUUGAAGCCACUGCCGAUGAGGGCAUAG